AUGACACAAUGUGUUGUACAAAUAGGUCUUUCCAAUACCGCCAGGUCCAUCUACAAAGAAGCAUGCAGUGAACUGGAAGCCGAAGGUGCCUCACGAAUUUUUCAACGCUCAGUCAGCAAAGGUUUACGUUAUAAAUGGUUAGUUUGUGAUGACGAUUCAACGGCUUAUGAUAAAGUAAAAAAUAUAUAUAUUGAGCAAGAAACAGCUGCUGAAGAAGAUGGCAUAGACAAUAAUGAUAAACGAAAUCAAGAUGAUAAUGAAUUGAUGGUUUUAAAAUUAGAUUGUAUUAAUCACGUAAAAAAACGUGUUAUAAGUAGAUUAAAAGAUAUAAAAUCAAGAAAUACUGGUUUUCAAGACGUGUUACGAGAUGUGGCAUCAACAUCAACAACAGUACCAGUAGCACAUAAUACGACAAAAAUGAAAACAGAUCAAUCAUCUUGUACAAUAGACAAAGGACGGCAACCCAGAGAAGCAGUUCGAAUGAAGAAAACUGUACCCGAUGGAAAACCAUUUCGUGGCUCAGCUGGACAUAUGACUGAUGCUAUGAUGCACAAAAUGUCCGAAAUGUAUAGCCUUGCGAUACGGCAAGGAACUGUCCUCAGUAUUAAAAAUAAGACCUCAUGA